AUGAACUUGAACGCAGUGGCAAAAGAGUUGAACAUUCCGAAGCGACGAGUUUACGAUGUGAUCAACGUUUUGGAAGGGCUCGGAUAUGUGCAGAAAAUUGAGAAGAAUAAUAUUCAGUGGAUCGGAGAAGCUACGAGAAGCGAAGAGCAGAACCAUUUGGAAGCAACUGUUGAAAUGAUGCGGCAGCAGGAGAAAAUUCUGGAAAUGAUGAUUCAGGAUGCGCAAGCCAUCAUAGGAAUGCACUUUGAAGAUCCUAUAGCGAGGCCUUAUAAUUAUAUACGCAAGGAUGACAUACGGAGCACAGCAGAUGCAAACUCUAAAUCCAUCAUCAUCAAGUCAGAUAAUGAUGUAGACAAUCAUUUUGAAGUCCAAGUCACGGAUCCAGCUGCAAGUGGUUGCUAUGAUAUGAUAGUCAAGAAUAAAAGUGGAGUGAAAUCUCAUGCUCUAUUGUUUAACAAUGAACAGCCGCGGGGAAUGGAUGAUGAAGAGAAACCAGAAAAAGAACAGUUACUGUCACAAGAUCAUGAUUUAUCACUAACUGAUAGCCCCUCGAAAUCAAAAGAAAUCAAAUUGGAACCCGUUGAUUUAGAUCCGGAAGAUGACGAAGAAUUUGUUCUCCCAUCCUUUUCUGCCAACUCAGCCAACACCCCGUAUGUUCCGGAGACUCCUGGUCGUGGUCUCUUCCUGAGUCCUUACAGUCCAUUGAGAGCAUUGUUCAGCCCAAGUAUAAUGCCUAUGUAUUCUAGUGACCUGAUUAACAUCUCAACUCCUUCAGAAGUCGUUGCUGAAACCAUGCGACGUGAUGAGCCAGCGAGUAUCAUGGAUUUUUUCAAUGACAUGAAAUAG